UUUUGGUUUUAUUUGUUAGUUUAACGGUAUAGUUUUGUUUUAAUUUUAUGGUUUUUGUUAGAUCUGUACUUUAUUUUUGUUAUUAACCAAAAAACAAUAAUAAUUAAGGUGAUUAGAGCUAAGCGGUUAAGAAAAUUUAUAAAACGUGUUUAUAAUUUAUUUUGCUUAUGUUCAAAUUUGACCAGAUCUUAACCUUGAGCUGUUACAAUUUUUUCGUCCAUGCACGUUUCUCAUCUCAUAAACGUGCUUAAAUAGAUUCAAACGCGUGAUUUUUCUGCUUAAUUUUUGUUAUUUGUUAUCAGAACUUGAUUUAUAUAUCUCGUUCUGAAUUUUGGUUUUGCUAUGUAUGUAUCUGUGCUGAUGAACAGAUUUUAAUUGAUAUAUACAAAUUUCGAAAAGAAAAUUUUUAAGAAAGAUGAACGGAAGAGAAUCCGUUGUUUGCCCUAAGCCCCGCCGUGUCGGACUCCUCAACUUCGCCGUCAACGACUACCCGAGCAGAUCCUUCCGGUGGCAUCUCAGUUGCCAAGUUGAACCGUGUGAUUCAAACUCAUCUGCGUCAAAUCCCUUGGACACAAUUCUCACCAAGGAUGAUGAUUUUGAUAGGGAACAAUUAAGUCCUCCAGUAGCCUCGUCGCCACCCCCAUUUUUCUGUGGGUCGCCGCCGAGCAGAGUAGCUAACCCACUAAUUCAGGAUGCUCGAUUCGGGGAUGAGAAUUUCUCACCAUCGUCAUGGGUGGUGGUUCCUGCCCCAUCCGGUCUACCACCUUCUCCCCCAUCUUCUGCAAGGAAGGGAGGAUGUGUUCGGGCCAAUUUUGGUAACAAUCCGGCGGUGAGAGUCGAAGGAUUCGAUUGCCUUGACAGGGACAGCCGAAAUUGCAGCAUCGCUGCUCUGGCUUAGAACAACAGCAGCAUAAUACACACAUCUUGACACUAGAAUUUCAGUUUACUACAGAAAUAUAACAACCACCAUAUAAGAGCCACGGGAAAGGAAUUUUGAAUGUCCUAGUUUGAAGAGUAAAAGAGUUAAAAUUUUAGCUUGUCACUUGUUUGUUUGUAAAUAUGUUGAGAAUUAAUCAGUCAGUGUAUGUAAAUGUCAAUAGUGUGUCUCUUGUUUAAGUAGUAUACCGUAUAUAGUGACUAAAUAAUUCGGUUAAGGUUGCAGAUUGAGGGUUAAUUUCCCUUUUUUCUUGUACUAGUGUCUUAAAAACCAUCCUCUUGUUUGUAACUUUGUAAGUAGAAGAAGAGUCAAUUAGGGGAUGGAGAUAUGUCAUUUUGAUUUUCUUUUAUGGGUCCUAUGAAUUGUAAUUGUAACUACCGGCUUAAAAAGGAAAAUUUGUACAAAGAAAUGUUUGUUUGAGAAUUCUUAUUGAUGAA